AUGGGAACCAUAAACGAUAUAUUACCGUCAGAAUUAUUGUAUGAUAUUUUUGUACGUUUGGAGUUUUCAUCAUUUGAACAAUUGCUGGCUGUUUCCAGUACGUGCAAAUUGUGGCGACGGCUUAUCUUUGAUGAAUGGUUCUUGAACAAAUAUUUUGCGUUUAAUCAUCAAAAAUAUCUCAUUGGAUAUUGGAAAUUUGAUGAAGGUCACGAGCAUAUCGGAAAAGAUUCAAGUGCUAUCAUUGAAAAGUCUAAUAUAAGUGUUUGGGGUAAGCCAACAGUAGAAAAUUGUUUUAUUGGAAACUGUGCCGUGUUUGAUGGUCGGUCUUCGAUUGACAUAUCUGUUUAUGAUAAAUGUGAAUAUCAUACUGACAUUUACAGUGUGUCUCUGUGGCUCUUUUAUGAUCCCUGUGCGGAUGGUGUUAGUCGAACAGCCAUAAGUCUAUACGAAUAUCGUCAAGCCUGGUUACAACUGUCUAUGUUUUUUCAACUCGGAUCAAUAUAUGUACAAAAUAAAUGUCGUAUAAGUGAUGGACAAUAUAUGUGCGAUGGAGCAACAUCCGAAGUUAAACAAGAAGAAUGGUUUCACGUGGUUUUAUGUUUUAAUCGUAACCGACAACAACUGUGGAUAAAUGGAAAAUUAGUAAACGAAAGUGAUAUGUCAGCGCGAAAUCGACUGCGACAAAAACCUACACUGUUAAAUUGGUCCGAAUUACCGCGUGAUAUACCGUUUAAUUUUCAUCUGGGGUCAGCCGACCAGCAACAUUCGCAACGAUGGAAAGGAAAACUAGCUGAUGUAGUCGUAUUGAGUCGAUGGUUGAAACCCAUUGAAAUAAGAGCUAUAUAUACGCAGAAAGUUGCUUUCGAUAAACUAAAUGUAGGAACAUAUUUGUUUAAAGACGAUAAAUAA